AUGGCGGCCGUUGCCAGCGCUGCACAUGCGCAGUGCAUGAACGGCACAUCAUCGCCGGCUGGCGCAGAAGAUGAGGAGCUCUACUCGCAAUUGUUGAGGAUACAGGAUGCUGUGCUUGCCGGCACGCAUCCGCAGUUCACGCUACCUGCUACUGCUAUUGCACAACUUCAGGCCGCUUUGAUUGCGCCAGAGAAUGAUGCCGCUCAUGCUACUAACCACGCUUCCUCGAUCACAGCAUCUGCCAAUGGCCAGGUCGUGCCAAGUACCCAUGCUGGCCUUGACCCGAUCUUUCUGCAAAAGUCGGAGCAUCUUGUAAGAGCAGAGCGAGCAAUCAAGCGGCAGCGCCUCGAACACGAUGUACAGGCCCUGGGAGAACAGCGCAAGCAUUUUCGGUUCGGCAAGGACGCUGAUGCGGAUCUGCUGACGCCUGUAGCGGUCGAUGAGGUGUUGAAGGCGGCGCUGGAACGUGUCAAGCCAGUAUCUGGUCUGAAGCCGACACAGGCAGCAAGUGUCAGCUCGUUCGAUGAGAAUGACUAUUAUUCCAGUCGAGCUCCCAGCCCCUGGUCUGAUGAUGCCUGUGAACAAAGCUCUGACAGGGCUGCAGAUGCUUUCACAGCCAACUUCGAGCGCCUCGGUGCUGCUGGGCACUUAGCACAUGCUGGCCCUUCUGCAGAACGCAUACGUCCGCACGAUCCUCGAAAAGGAGCGCAAGUAUAUGACGGAGAGGAUGAUGAUUUGUACGAGCCAGAGGACGAUGAAGACGACGAGUACGUGCCGCCAGGUCCUGCUUUCGUAGGAGCUUCACGACAAGGUGGUCCAGCCACUGGCUAUGCGCAACCACUUCUGGACGAGGACGACAAUUCGGACUACGAACCUGGUGAGAUAACACAGGAUAGUACAGUGCCUACGCCAAACCAGCUUCUUUCACAUCCUACCCAGCCAUCACCACGAGUGCCUGUCAUCCGCAACCAUCUUACUCACAUCGCCGCGCCACAGCCGAAUCGGGUUUCGCCACUAGCCACUGCAAAAGGUCCCAGUAUUGAGCUGGAGCUUGUUAAUGGUCGUCCGGAAAUCGUCAAAACCCGGCCGCAGUACAGGUCAGUUCCACAGCAGUCCCGCGCGUCCACUGCGUCACCAGUCAAUGGUGUAGCCGGCAGCGGCAGAAAGAAGCGCAAUAAGAAGCGCAAGCGUGACUUUGAGCCUCUAAAGAACACAAAGAAGCGACGUGACAGACUUGUUGCACAUUCGCCGCUUUCACCUGCCCACCGCGAGCCGUACAUCAAGGAUGAGCCUGUCUCGCCACCACCGUUCAGUUCUCUUCCGGACGUGCCACAGUAUCAGCAACAACCGGAAUACAGACCAGCACCCACACAGAUUGACUUGCUUUCACUUGCUCAGCCUCUUCGACCGCAGUAUAUUACCGAACAACCACGAUCCGGGCUAAGGUAUGAGUACGCACAGCCUGCUUCGCCUGCAGUAGUCCGUGUGGCAUCGCCAAGUACAUACCGACCUGUGCAGCGCGAUACGCAAGAUCUCAGACGUGUUGCUAGCAUGCAUUAUGCGCAGCGAGCUCCUUCGCCCACACAGCGCAUCUACUCUCCUGUGGGGCCAUAUCGAGCAGCCUCGGCAGCAUAUCCAUCGGCCCAGCACGCACCACAUUCUGAGCCUGUAGAGCAGCCGAGAUAUGCUGAGGUACAAGGAGACCCUCGUGUGCAAUAUGUACGUGCGCCUUCGCCCUCACGGAUACAGGAGUAUCGCGAGACAUACUCGCGUGCUGCCAGUCCGGCUAUCAUGGCCCCACCUCCUCCACCUCCUCCACCACAAGCACGACGCAUUGUGGUAGAUCAGUACGGCAACCGCUACUAUGCUGCUGAGCCAGCACAAGCACCCUCUUCGGCCUCAUUAGCACCAGAACCGCAGCCAAUGUACGAGCGGGCACCAAGCCGGAUGUCUGUAGCCUAUGCACCCGAUCCGGCCCCUCGUCACGAACCUUACUACCCACGCAUGGCGCCCCCACCAACGCCCCAGCGGGCUGAGGUCGAGUAUGUUGACGCCAAUGGCUAUCGUCUGGCAGAGUACCAACCACAGCAGUCGGAGCAUGUACGCUACAGCACUGUGGCACCCACUUCUCCCACAUACCAGGACGCGCCUCGAUAUUCGAUGGCGCCACCAGCACCACCUACUGCAGAGGAAAGAACAUCGCCAGUAUACCAGCAAAUCCCACGCUACGAGCCAAUGCCACCACCUCAGGCCCCACCACAACGUGUCGAGGCCACCUCGCCAGUCUAUCAGCAGAUUCAACGCGCCUACAGCGUUCGACCAGAAGCCAUGCACGCCCCUUCCGCACCGCCAUCAGGCUAUAUACGCCAAGCGAGCGUGGCGCCGGUGCAGUAUAGAAGCUAUGAGAUGGCGCCUCCACCUAUACCGCAGGUCACAAGGGCUGUUAGUGUGGCGCCAGUAGAGUACGGAGGUCAGCCACAGCAGCCUAUGUAUGGGUAUGCUCCGCAGCCGCAAGUGCAGCAGGUGCAGCAGGCUGUGAGAUACGUUGAUCAGUAUGGUCGCGAGGUAGAUAUGCAGGCUUUGAGGCAAGGGAGUGUCGCGAGGUAUUGA